AGGCGCGACGGCCGCACGGCGGUGCACGAGGCGGCGCGGCGCGGGGACGUCGGCAUCCUGAAGCGGCUGCACGCCGCGGGCGGCGACCUCGGCGCGGUGGACGCCGCGGGGAACACGCCGCUGCACCACUCGUGCGCGGAGCGCGGGGACGCCGCGGCCGUCGGGUACCUGCUUGCCAGCGGCGCCCGCGGGGACGCCCGCCGCGACGACGGCCGCACGCCGCUGCACGUGGCCUGCCGCGGGCACGUGGGCCCCGUGCCGCUGCUGCGGGCCCUGCUGGAGAGCGGGGCGCCGCCGUCCCCGAAGGACAGACCGGCUGGGCAUGACGCCGCUCAUGCACUGCGCGGCCGCGGGGCACGCCCGGGGCGUCGGCCUGCUGCUCCGCUUCGGGGGCCGGGAGGCGGCGCGGGCGGCCGACGCGGCCGGCCGGGACGCGCUCAGCCACGCCGUGGCGGGCCGCGGCGACGCGGGCGCGGUGUCGCGGCUGCUCGCGGCGGGGCUGCCGGUGGGCGAGCGGCUGCUGCCCCUCGCCGCGCGGCUGGGCCACGUGGAGUUGCUGCCGCUGCUGGCGGGGGCGGGCGCCGCCCCGGGCGGCGCGGUGCUGGAGGCGGCCAGGGCCGGGCACGCGGCCGCGGUGGCCGCGCUGCUCGCGGGUCUCGGCGGCACCGUGGACGAGCGGGAGCCGGAGAGCGGUGCCACGCCGCUCCACCACGCCGCGCUCGCGGGGCACGCCGGCGCGGUGCGCGCGCUGCUGGCCGCCGGUGCGUCCGCCGCCGCCCUGGACGAGGACGGGCUCUCGCCGCUGCACUACGCGGCGACGGCCGCCGGCCGGGUGCGCGAGGGGCGGCGCCGCGAGAUCGUGGAGCUGCUGGUGGGGAGCGGCGGCAGCUCGCUCUGGCGGCAGCGCGGCCAAGGCGGGGUGCUGCCGAUGCACCUCGUGGCCGCCUCGGGCGACGACUUCCUGGCGCGGUGGCUCCUGCAGGACGGGCUCGUGCCGGAGCCGCACGCGCCGGACGACGCCGGGGGCACCCCAGCCUCGGAGCCGGCGGGGGGUCCGAGGUGGCCCAGCGCUGGAUCCGGCAAGCAGGAAGGGAGUAGAGAGG